AACACUGUUUAUCUUUAAGACCGGUAGGUGGUGCAGUAACACGGGGUACAAUGCGGAUUUAAUCCAAAGAAGAAGAAGACGUGUAGCAGACACCAUGUUCAAUUGCUGAAAUUAAUAUAAAUAAAUUGUCAGAGUUACAGAAACCUCUGCUGGUACAAAGAUGCCCGCCGGCGUGUCUUGGCCAAGAUACACGAAAAUGCUCGUAGCCAGUGUGUUGUCCAUGUUUGCUGGUGCUGAAGUUGUCCAUCGGUAUUAUCGCCCUGAUUUGAGCAUUCCAGAGAUUCCUCCGAGGCCUGGAGAACUGCAGACAGAGCUUCUUGGAUUGAAGACACAACAGACAGCUUCUGAGAAACACUGAUAUUAGUUUCCACAAAGUGUGUAGAUAUGUAUAAAUUGAAUAUAACGACAUAAACAUGUUAGUGUCAUGACCUUGUAAUAUUUUGUGAAAAUCCAUAAUGGAAGAAUAAAGUUAUUUGUAUUUUUAUUUAAUCAGUAAAA